CCCCCGCCUCAUCCCGUUCGGAGCGCGAGGCUUCUAAGCGAGGCGAGGAGCGAAGCGGCGGCGCGGCGGCUGCCAGUCAGUAGAGCUGUCCCCGCCCCUUCUCCGCUCGCUUUGCUGCCUCUCCAGCCCAGGCUGGCGCUCAGCAAUAGGUCAAUGAAUUGUCCGGGGUGGGUGGAUGGUGCGCUGCUGUUUGUCUUCUCGUCCCUGAAUCUUGCUCGGGCAAAUAAGCGGCUCCCCAGGGCUUCAGGCGUCUCCCAUGCCGGGAAAGCUGAGCCUUGAGAAGUGGGACCUCUCAAGAGGAAUAAGCAGGGGUGCGUGCGAGGCAAGCGGCAGGCACAGAAGGAGGAUAGUGAUGUCACUCGUAUUCCGGAUAGUCCAGAUAUCAUCACCUUGUCCAAUACCCCUGAUGAAGAUAGCAUCUACAAAAGCAAACUCCAGAAGCUAACAACACCAGAGUCUCCAGUGCCAGGAAGAACAUACAAUCUUACUGAGUUCAUCUCACCAAAAUCUGCUAGAGAUUCUUCUGAGAUUACCCUGAAUUCAAAGAGACGGACAACAGAAAUGUCAAGAGUGAAGACGAUGAAAAGUUGAUCUCUUUUCAUGGUGAUGGUGUUCGCAUGAUCCACAAGAUCUUAGUAAUAGAGGAUAGCUCUAGUGAUGAGAAUGUAGAUGCGGCAAGCAUAGCCUCUGAAAUGAUAACGUGGAGAGCUGGAUUCUGUUGGGAGGCGCCAGAGAUGACAAAGAUGACAGUAUCCUCUUAAGCCUUGAGGGCUGUGGAACGUCAGCCAGUGAAAAUCUCCAUUUGAGAAAGCAAUCAUGCAACUACUGAAAGGAAAAUAUGAGAAUAUUUUCCCCAUACUUUCAUGUUUGAAAUUAAUCUGAACAAUACCACUCUUGCAACCUGAGAAAUUCUACACAGACACUAGGAAACCUUUCAGUGAUCCUGAUAGAGUUCUGUAGUAGAAAGUUAGUAAUGGUAUUGAUGUAGAGCAUCGUCAAAAAGAAUUUUGUACACCUGUUAUUGUCCAGAAUGUUCUGACUAGAGGCUCCAAGCUGGAAUACUGGAAUUUCUGUAUUCCUGGGACAGUUGUCAGGGACAGUCGCCUCAGAUGGAAAUCCUGUAUGAAUGUGGAAGCCAUUAGCAGAGUAAUUGCUGUCUGUUACCAUGACAACCAGCCGCUGCAGUCACCUGCCCGAAGUCUUACCAGACUGCACCAGCUCGGCUGCUCCUGUGGUUAAGACUGUGGAGGACUGUAGCAGCCUUGUGAAUGGACAGCCGCAGUAUGUCAUGCAAGUUUCGGCCAAGGACGGGCAGCUGCUGUCAACGGUAGUACGGACUCUUGCCACACAGAGUCCUUUCAAUGACCGACCAAUGUGUAGAAUUUGCCACGAAGGCAGCAGUCAAGAAGACUUGCUUUCUCCUUGUGAAUGUACAGGAACCCUGGGGACUAUUCAUCGCAGCUGCCUGGAGCAUUGGCUGUCGUCUUCGAAUACCACUUACUGUGAACUCUGCCACUUCAGGUUUGCGGUAGAGCGCAAACCAAGGCCAUUGGUUGAGUGGCUAAGAAACCCGGGCCCCCAGCACGAGAAACGAACUCUGUUUGGGGACAUGGUGUGCUUCUUGUUUAUAACGCCAUUGGCUACCAUCUCUGGCUGGCUAUGUCUGCGGGGAGCAGUGGAUCACCUGCACUUUAGUAGUAGGCUAGAAGCUGUUGGCCUCAUUGCACUCACUGUCGCACUCUUCACAAUUUACCUCUUUUGGACACUAGUAUCAUUUAGGUACCACUGUAGAUUAUACAAUGAAUGGCGUCGGACCAAUCAAAGGGUUAUCCUUCUCAUCCCAAAGUCUGUCAGCAUCCCUUCAAACCAGCAGUCCUUGCUGGGACUGCAUUCAGUCAAAAGGAACUCAAAAGAGACAAUUGUUUAAUUGUGAUAAUCCUGCACUAGGGCCACGAACAACACAUGCAGUCUAAUUCCAUCCAAACCUGAUGGCGAUUCUUAUGAAAGACAGACUUUUUGCAGAAGAGAGGACGUGACUGUUGCAAUUGAAAUCAUGGAUGCUGCAAUCAUAUGAUAUUUGCUAAGCUGCCAAACAUGUUUAAAAUUUAGCAGAUACUGUAUGAAACUCUCCAAUCCCAUAUUGAUAGCUGCACCACUAGGGAUGCAACUCUUUUUUAUUGUUGUUUAAAAAUUAUUAAACUAUGAUGGCAAACAAUGCAAAACACAAUUGUUGCAGUAUUUCUUUUGAGAGAUUCAAUAGGUUUCCUGCUGCAUUUCACCUUUCCCCCAUCUAUAUUAAUCAAAAAGAAUAGGACGAUGUUGUGAUACAAGUGAGCUGUGAUAACAGAAAUAACGUUCAAAAAAGAGAGCAAAAUUAGUUGGAUGUACAACAUAUUGGUUUCUAAGGACUUAAGGAAAAAUUCUUUGCGGAAGCCCCAGUGUUGCUAAAUGUGUAAAAAAAGAAUCAAUUUACUGAUCACACUUCCAUUUCCUUGAGAUGUAACACACCCAUGGGAACAAGGGCUGCCCAAUUAUUUUAUGGCAGAGGAAAUGCAGCUUGUGCAAGCCCUUUCCCCACUAAAAAAGAGAGGAGGGAAGGCCCUGCUCAGGUGUAUGCCUUUAUGUCAGGGAUGAGGGACCUGCAGCCCUUCUGAAUUUGCUGCACCCCAGCUCCCAUCAUUCCUGACCCUUGGCCAUGCUGGCUGCAUCUGAUGGGUGUUGAGAGUCCAACAACUGGAGGGCCACAGGGUCCCCACCCCUGCUAUAUGUGCACAAAAUCUGCUAAUCAUAGUUGUGAUGAGCAUACCCUCCUGCCAAAUGUUACAAUGGUCUCUAAUCCAUUCAGUUAUGUUUAAAGUUAAAAUGUCUUGAUACAUCAGUUUCUUCAUAAUUAUAAUCUCAAUCACCUCCUUCCAGGCUCCAUAGCAGAACUGCUAGGGCAAAGCUUAAAACAAAUGGGUACAGCCUGUAGGCCAAAGUAUAGUUUCAUAUCUCGUAUAUAAAAAAAUCCCGCAAAAAGCAGUUAACACUAAAAGAUAAGUGUGUUUGAGGAAGCACAUUUUAAUGGUGAAAAUACUGGCGUAACCUGGUUCACUCCAGAUUUACAUCAGAACAAAGUUUUACCCUAAUUCUGUUGAUUUAUUUUAUGAGGGGCUUUUGCAUAGCUAAAAGAUUGCCUCAUUAGACAUGUUCUAGGAAGCCUGGACCUACCUUGCAUGACAGUGAAUAAAAAGCUACAGCUCUCUGCUGGAUUUUCAGUUUGACAGGAAAAUUUAGAUGGGAAUAUAUAAGACCCGACCUCUUUGUACCAGUGAGACUAAGGCCUAUUUGUAAACAAAUGUUUACAUCAGCUUCACAAUUGUGGCCAGUUCAAACUUGGAAUUUGAAUGCUUUUUAAAAAAUUCCUCUGUGGCAUGCCUUGCCUG